AUGAAAGGUAGCCGGAUCGAGCCAGGAGAUGUGACACCACACAAUAUUAAGCAGUUGAAGAGAUUAAACCAGGUCAUCUUUCCAGUCAGCUACAAUGACAAGUUUUACAAGAAUGUGCUGGAGGUUGGCGAGCUAGCAAAACUUGCCUAUUUCAACGAUACUGCAGGAGGUGCCAUAUGCUGUAGGGUGGAUCACUCACAGAAUCAGAAGCAACUUUACAUCAUGAUGCUAGGAUGCCUGGCACCAUACCGAAGGCUAGGAAUAGGAACUAAAAUGUUAAAUCAUGUCUUAAAUAUCUGUGAAAAAGAUGGCAGUUUUGACAACAUUUAUCUGCAUGUCCAGAUCAGCAAUGAGUCUGCAACUGACUUCUACAAAAAGUCUGGCUUUGAGAUUCCUGAGACAAAGAAGGACUACUAUAAGAGGGCAGAGCCCACAGAUGCUCAUGUGCUGCAGAAAAACCUCAAAGUCCCUUCUGGCCAGAACCCAGACGUGCAAAAGACAGACACCUGA